AUGGUGAGAACAUCGCACACUGCCAGCUCGCCCGAUCAGGAACAAAUCUAUCUGUUUAUUUCUAAUCUCCACUCAUUCAUACUAUCUGUUAUAUAUCCUCAUGCCGUCUCCACCUAGAAGCUCAAUAUCGUUUCCGAGUUCGGCGGAUCUGUUCUACUUCUGCACGACAUCGUCGACCUCUGAAGAAGACCUCAACAUCCACUACGCACCUCCGUCAAGCUCCUCGUUACGCAUUGGUGUCAUUGUUCUCGGUAACGAUCAAGUCCAACUAGCCGAUCUAGCCGCUCUCGACCUGCUCGCCAUGGUCGGAAGGAACAGAAUCUGCAGAACGAACGCCACAGCAGUAGCCAUGGAAAACGCCGUGGACGAAGUCGACAUUCGAUAUGUCAGUGUGACCGGAGAGGGGAGUUUUCCUGUCACGGCUGGCACGCGAAUGCCGGUGACGAACUCAUUUGCAAACGCGCCUCAAUUCGACAUUCUCUUCAUCCCUGGAUCCUUCUCGUCAAGCGAGUUGCCGGUGGAGGCGACCUCAUUUCUCACCUCACAAUGUCUGAAUCCCAACCUCAUUGCCAUCAUGAGCAUUGCUUCAGGCAUAUGUCACCUCGUACAAUCGGGUAUCUUACGUGGAACACGAGCUGCAGCACCUAAGCCUUUGCUUCCCGUUCUCCAGCAGCAAUAUCCCGAAACGCUCUGGCAGCGCUCAGCCUGGGCUCGACACGAGAAAGUGUGGACAAGUAAUUCGUCUGUCUCAGCGCUUGAUAUGGUUUCGACAUGGAUGCGCGAGUACUUUUGGGAUAGAAGCCAGGCUGUUGAGUAUGUUCUUACAGCCGCGGGCAUGGGAUCGCUCUACGAUUAUGAUCAUUGCGACUACUGAUGAUUUCAUGACAUGGUAUGGGCAUUACAAGGCGUUUUGUGUGGUACGAUCUCAACUCUGUAUAACAAAGUCCUUUGUUUGGCGUAUAUGAGGUACUUCCGGAUUUUAUACAGAUAUAUGAGAAAUUUUGA